AUGCGCGUCCCGGUCGUAGCGAGUCCACCAAUCUCCCACCCCUCACAACACGAGGGCACGAAGCAAGAGAACGCGGGCGAAUCAACGCCGUCUGGUGCUCGCAGGAGUCUGGUUGGCAGCGCCGCUCGCACCAAAACGGGUCCGGUCGCGUCCCCGCAGCCGGCGUGGUUCCCGCGAGUGAAACUCGAGCCGUACCUUACGCGGAGGCUGCGAGAGCUGCAGGAGGAGGUAGGACCGCAGCCGCCGUUGGAGCAGCUGCUGAUUCCGAGCAAGCUGGGUCGUUUGGAGCGGGAGAAGCAGGAGGCCGCCAUGGCUGCUAAGCGAGCCUCGCAGCUCCGCCAGGUGGCUCUCGUGGAAGCUUCGUGGUGUCGCAUACUCGACGCAGCAGGUAUCCCGUCUACCGGUGCUCUCGAGGUGGCGCAGCAAGCGGAGGAGGAGGCACACGUGGCAGUAGUCGAGGCCGCCAAGCUCGGCGUUAUUCUCGACCAUGCCGUCACCAGCAGGAGCAGAAACGGCAGUCCCCGCGCCGCCGCCGCCGCAGCCGCCGCUGCUGGCUCGGGCUUCUCUGCCGCCGCUGCCGCAGCAGCAGCAGCCGCCGCCAGCGCCGCGGACGACGAGCUGAUGGCGGCAUCGGCGCUUGCCGGCGCCUUGAGCUCUCGCGACGUCAUACUGACGUCAGUGUCGACGGCGCAGGCUGUGGAGAAGGAUGUGGUGUUGGCGGUAAUGAAAGCGCUGUCCCGUGUGGGGAAUAUCCGCGCGGCGGACGGCAUCGUUGACUUCGUUGACUGGGAGGUGAAGGAGGGCGAGGAGCGGGAAGGGGAAGAGGAGGCACUGGGUCGGGAAUGCGGUGUUGUGGAGGUUGAGAAAGGGGACGGUGGAGGAGGAACGGGGGAAGAUGGGAAUGAGGCAGACGAGGAGAAGGGUGUGGGAACUGGAGAAGCAGGAGAAUGGGACGGCGCAGAGGGGGAAACAGGAGAGCUGGAAGUGGAGAAAGAGGAGGGGGUGUCUGACGGGAAUGAGUCCCAGGGGGAUGCGAUUAGCAAGGAAGAAGCGACGGAGGCUAAUCUGGAAGUAGGAAACUCCGUUGCGGCAGCAUCAGCUGCGACUGCAGAGGGGACAGCAGCGGAGGAGCCGACGGCCGAAGCGCGAGCGGAAGAAGGGGGGAUGGGCGAAGGGUCGGUGACAGCGGGAGCGGGAAUGCAGGAGGAGGAGAAGGAGGUUGGGAAGACGGGGAAUGGGGAGGAGGAGGAGAAGGAUGGGAAGGAGGAGGAGAAGGAUGGGAAGGAGGAGGGGAAGACGGGGAAGGAGGAGGAGGAGAUGAACGUCCCCGCAGUGAUCGCUGAGCGCGUGCUUGCGCUCAACCGCAACCACCGCACGGCGCUAGCCGCCAUCGUGGCCUCGCGCGGAAUGGUGAACGGGCUGCUGCAGGGGCUGCGGAACGGUCGCCGCCAGUCGUUCUCCGCCUCCGCCUCCCGCCGCCAGUCGCUCGCCGCGCUGUCUCAGAUUGGCGGAACGGGCGACGCGGGGCCGGCGCUAGCGAAGGUUGGAGAGAGUAAGGGCGUGGCGGGCGCAGGCGGAACGGGGGAGGCGGAGCAGGCGCAGAGUAAGGAGGGGGGAGGUGGCGGAGCAAGUGGGGGGGAUGCGGGGACUAGUAGUGGCAGUGGUGACCUUGGGAGCAUUUUGGUGAAGAAGCUAUCGCGACUGGAGCGGGAGAAAGCUGCAGCAGUGGAGGAGAGGAAGAGAGAGGAGGAGGAGAGGAGGAAGGCCAAGACGGAGAAGAAGGGAGGGGAGAGUGUGAGCGGAGUGAACGUGGGGUGGGGAGCGGAGGGGCUGGGCAGCGGCAUAAAGCACGUCUCGCGGAUUGACAGGGAGCUGGCUGCCGCGCGGGAGGCGGAGAGAAAGGCGCAAGGACGAGGCGCAGGGGUUGCUGCUCCUGGUGCUGCUGGUGGCGCCGGUGGUGUUGCUGCUGCUGGUAGUAAAAAUGGGGUCAGGGUGGGGAGGAGAGAGCGGGUGGAGGUGGGAUCGGUCCCUUCUCUGGAUUCGAUGCUGGUGAAAGGCAAGAGUAGGCUGCAGCGGGAGAAGGAGCAGGCGGCGGAGGCUGCUAAACAGGCGUGGGGGACAACUGGAGGGAACGGUACAGGCACCGGUGCAGCGGGAGGGAAAGGGGCGGGGAGGAGGGAGAGGGUGGAGGUGGGGUCAGUCCCAGGGCUGGAUAGCAUGCUGGUGGUGCGGCAUAAGAGCAAGCUGGAGCGAGAGAUGGAGGAGGAGAGGAAGUGGUGGGGGGAAAGCCAGGCUGGCGGUAGUAGCAGUGUGGUAAGGGCAAAUGGGGCGGGUGAGGGUGGUAGGGUGGAUGGUGGGCCGAAGGGAGGGCGGAGGGAGAGGGUGGAGGAGGGGUCGGUGCCUGGGCUGGGAGAGAUGCUGGUGAAGCAUAAGAGCAGGCUGGAGCGGGAGAAGGAGGAGGCAGCAGCAUGGGCGAGAGGCGCAGGAGGGUCUGGUGGUGGUACUGGCGCUGAUAGUGGUGCUGGUGGUGCUAAUGGUGCUGAUGGUGUUGAUGGUGGCGGUGAUAGUGCUGGUGGCGGGAGCAAGAGAGCAGGGGGGGGGAGUGGAAACGCUGUGGUGGACGCGGGCUGGGGCGGGUGUGGCCUUGCAGAUGUACUGAAGAAACCUGCAGUGAAGGGAGGGGCAGAGCAGGUCGGGGAGGGAGCAACGACUGAUGCUGCUGCAGUUACUGGUGAAGGACAUGGCGAAGGCGGGGUGGACGGGAAUGAGAACGUGAAGGGGAAUGCAGAUGGCAGUAGCCGAGAGAGUGGUGGUGUGGGUGAAGGGGUGGAAAACAGGCACUCUGAGAAGCAGCAGCAGCAGCAGCAGCAGCAGCAGCAGCAACAGGGGUUGGGGCUGGGAGAGGGAGUGAAGAAGAUGUCACGGCUGGAGAGGGAGCUGAUGGAGGCAAGGGCGCUGAAGGAAUGCGUGGGAGAGGCUGGGAAUGGUGGGAAGGCAGGCAGUGGCAGGAUGGUGGAUGCGUGGGGUGGUGUGGGGUUGGGCGACACUUUGAAGAAGCAUGUUUCGAAGAUGGAGCGAGCCAAGAUGGAUUGGGAGAAGGCAGAGGCAGCAGCACGCGAGAAGACAAAACUGUAG